AUGAGCUGCAGCAGUGUUGAAGGUUCAGAGUUCUCUGAGGAAGAGCUGGAGCUUGGUCUGCUGGGCCAAGAGGAGGACGAGGGAAGUCCCAAGGCAUCUUUCCAAGACAGUGAGUGCUCAACCAGCAGCCCCAGCGACCCAGAGGAGGGCCUGACCAAGAAGCGCAAUCGGCCAGUCCGCUCAAAAGCUCGACGAAUGGCUGCCAAUGUACGCGAGCGGAAACGCAUCAUGGACUACAACCAGGCCUUCAACGCCCUGCGUGUUGCUCUGAACCAUGACCUCAGUGGCAAACGGCUCUCCAAGAUCGCCACCCUGCAGAGGGCCAUAAACCGCAUCUCCGCUCUCUCUGUGUUCCUGAACUCCAACCCUCCCAGCAAACCCUGCACCCACCGGGAGUGCAACAGGGUAUCAGCAGGGCCAGCUGCGAUGGGAACAUCUCGACUCGAGCAGACCAGGGUAAUGGUUCCCCGCCUGGAGCAUCAGAGUUACAUCCCCUGGAACGCAUCCAUCUCUCAUCAGAUGCAGCCACAACAGGGGCCUCACAUGCACAGGCUGCCCACAGAGCCACACGUAUACAUGGAUAACACCGUCUCGUCAUGCCCCCCGUCGCCACACUACCCUUGUUAUUCCACGGAGGGACAGCUCUAUGCCUCACAUGGACACUGCAGCAGCCCCCCCAACCAUCCUCCCAGUCCUCUGCGAUACCCUCAGGUGGGUGAGGGGUUGGGGUACCAGCCAGGGUUGUGGGCCUCCUGUACUCAAGGAUACAUGGACACGUUUGUGGAGCCUCCUCCAGCUCUGGGGCUUCCGUGGCAGGUGAGCUACAAGCAGGAGUCGGAGCACGGCCUCUCUCUGUGCUCUGACAUACUGUAA